AUGAAUGAGGACUUGUUCUCCGGGCAAGAUUCGGGAAGUGCGUAUCGAGCGAUGGACUCCGACGCCCAGCAAUUCUCGCAUCGCGGCAGCAACUCACCGCCGGAUCCGUACACCGGCGGGAUGCCGUUCUCAUCUUUCGCUGCGAACGGCGUCAGGGUCACGCCCCACGGCACGCUGCAGGCCUCCUGCUCCCUCAGAUCAAGGACCUUGAAGCGUGAAUCGUCAUCUAAGUUUGGAAUCUCCUUUAUAAUUCCCCAACAGGUGUACUCUUUAGUGUUGACAGACUCAAGAGCACGAACAACCUUGUUAACACUUUCUAUGAGGCUGUCUGGUUCAGAUGCAGUGCUUUUGGGGUUUGCUUCAAAACUGGUUCUGUUUCGCUUUCGAAUGGAUGGACUCUCAAAAAUCGUUUCUUCAACAUCGUCGCCUAUCGCAACUGAGUUUGUGCCAAUAGCAGUUCCACAUCCAACAACAAUUCUCAAAUCUUCAUACUCAGGAAAAGCAUCUGUCUUGUAA